UUCUCUUUUGUGCGCCUUUAAUUUUUAGGAAAAAGUACUUGCAUUUGUUUUAAGCCUCGCGGAACCAGUCUCUGUCCGGCGGGUGGAAUCGAAUAGAAGGCGAUCGAGCGCUGGCGUGGUCCGGCGGAUAGCCUUCCCGUGUUCAACUUUUUUCUUAUCCAUGGAGAUUGUUUGUCAUCCUCUGAUCUCUCUACCGGGAGUUCGCCGAGAUAGGCUGGAGUUUGGUCGGAGAACGGUCUUCUUGGGGCAGAGACUCCGCUCUAAAGACUUGAAGCAUCGGACGCUGCAAAUCACCGACGCUGCGUUGUCGAUCACGAAGGAGAAGGAUGUCACCCUCGAACGGCAGGGCGAUGCUUCCGCUUCAGGCGACGAGAAGACGGAGUGGCUGCAUUUCGUCGGUAUUGGCGGCAACGGCCUGUCCGCCAUCGCGAUGCUUGCUCUGCGGCAGGGUUUCAAGGUCAGCGGCUCGGAUUUGGUAUGGAGUAGCAACAUGUCUAGAUUGAAGAAAGCAGGGGCGAGGUUGCACCUGGGCCACUCAUCGUCAAAUUUGCGUGACUAUGAUGGAUUGGUUACACCUUCUGCAGUCAUCAAGUCGAGUGCGAUUCCUGCUGACAAUGAGGAGAUUUUGCAGGCAGAGGCAUCUGGCAUGCCUGUCCACAGCAGGGGUGCUUGGUUGGGGAAGAUAACAAACCAACACAACCUUAUUGCUGUCAGUGGAACUCAUGGAAAAAGUACAACAACUGCUAUGCUUGCGUUUGUUUUAAGCGAGAUGGGUGAAAAUCCUACUGCCCUAGUUGGUGCACAUGUACCACAGUUUUCAGGAGGUAACAUCCUUUCUGGAUGUGGCUGCCAUUUUGUGUUGGAGGGUGAUGAAUAUGAUGGUGCUUUCCUUGAGCUUUCGCCAUCUGUUGCUGUGGUGACAAAUAUUGAGUGGGAACAUGUUGAUCUUUUUGAAGAUGAGAUGGCAGUAUUAGAAGUUUUCAAGAGGUUUCUGUUAAGGAUGAAGCCGGGAGGACAAGUUAUAGCAUGUGGAGAUAGUGCAGGAGUUUGUGCUUUAUUAGGACGUAGAGGGCAAAGUUCAGGUAUAGGGCUUCAAGUAUCAAACAGCCACCUGAACGUGCAGCGUUUUUAUUCUACCAAUAGAAUAGCAACUUAUGGAAUCUCCAGUACAAAUGAAUGGUAUGCGUCUUCUGUUCAUCCAAACAAGGAAGGGGGAAUUGAUUAUCUACUGCAUUAUAUGGGUCAACCAGUCACAAGCAUCAGCCUUCAAUUACCUGGAGUUCACAAUGUUCUAAAUUCUUUGGCUGUUAUUGCCGCAGUAACCUCGCUAAUGGAUAAUAAAAUGUUAGUCUAUGACACCAUUGGCAAAAUUAAGACCCAUUUGAAGAAUUUUGUGGGUGUUUCUAGGCGUUUUGAAUUGAUUGGGAAGUUUAACAACUGCUGCAUAUAUGAUGACUAUGCACAUCAUCCAACAGAAGUUUGUGCCGUGCUGCAAACAGCUCGACUGAUGUUCCCGACUCAGGCUCUAUGGGUUGUUUUUCAGCCUCAUACGUUCAGCCGUCUGGCAGCAUUGUUAAAGAGCUUUGUUGCUUGCUUCAAUGGUGCGGAUUACGUGGUAGUUACCGAGGUUUAUCCUGCUAGAGAAAAGAAUCUCUGGGAUGUUCAUGGGCAAGACCUAGCGUCUUCUGUUACAGGCCAGGCUUCUGAAUAUAUCCCCAGGCUGGAAGAUGUAAUCAAUAAGCUGCUGUUCAAGAUUUUUUGUAACCGCAAUCAAGGAGUUGUUAUCUUUACACUUGGUGCCGGCAUCUUUCUUUUUACUAUAACCAGGCAGUAUAACAACUUUGGGGCCGAAAUUGCUUGCUGAACUAAACAAGCAGACAGAGUAGUCAAGCAGAAGCAGUCCAAAUCAUGAUAGUCCUGACCUGCCGACUUCCAUGAUGAUAUCAGUUUCCACUAUCACCAUGAUAAAUGUUUACUAGAUGGUUAUAAUGAAGCACCUAUUUGAGCACCGAGGAAGAAGAUCCUUUGCUGAUUCUCAACCAAACACCAAAGUUGGUCGUCUCUUGCGUGAUGGGAAAUGCUGAUAGGCUGAUGCCAUUCUAGUCCUUCCCAACUUCAUUCACUGGCAUCGGGUAGCAACCAGAGAAUUUACUUUGCGCGGCUACGUAUGCAUAGUUUGGCCGUACUGUCGUGAAUAAGUGUUUGAUUGUAAGCAUUAUCAAAGCACUGUGACGUUGCUGAGAUGAAGUGCUAUACGCAAUCUCCAACUUGGUGAUGGAAAAUACUUGGGCAGAAGGUAUUUAAUGAGCAACAAUACUGAGACGGGAUUGAUUCAUGAAAGAGUGAAGAAAGCUUUGGCUCGGCAAACAGAAAGACGGUAGUCCAAUCCAAUUGAGCCAUUCCUAGUCGUCUCGUAGACAUGGGUGAUGUGAUCUGCCUCAACUGCUUCAGCAGGAACUGCAGCACGAGGGAACGGUAAGAAGAUGGUUGAGUUUUUGCGGCCUUCUUGCUGGUAGUGAACUGCGUUCAUGCGCCAUUGUCUUGUCUGUGGUUGUAUAUCAGCACAGCAGUAGAUUCGACGGAAUCGUUCCAAUGUUAUCAGAUGUCUUCUAGGAGAUUGCUUGUGUAUCAGCAGUAGAUUUGACGGAAUGACGUACCGUCAUCCUUGUGCAUGAUCCUCACAUGGAUACUUUUUUAUAUACAUUGCAUUGAUGUCUUCUAAACGCCUUCCAUUCAUCACGUACCAUAACCUUGUGUGACAUGGACAUGUUUUAAUAUAGACUGCAUUGAAGUC